ACUAAACCGAAAAUAGCGCCAUAGAAGAAGAAACUACUUCCGCUAAGCCGAAAGCAUUACUGCGCAUGUCAUGAGUGAAUGCUAAUCGUUUUGUUCAUCGGUACUCGUGAACGUGCGAGAUGCGUGGUUAUAAUCGAAAGUAAACUAGAUUAUUAUCCCGUCUUUUUUAAUCUCGUCUUCUCUCCGCCCGACCGGACUGUAAAGUCUUUCGUGAACGUGCAUGAAAACAACGGCGGAGCUUUCCGGCUAGCUGAAGAGCGUGAGUGAAGCUAACCCUGCUAGCAAACACAACCACGCCAAGAUGGAUGAGUCUGCAGCCGCAGUGAUCGGAGAGGACGAUGCCGAUAAAAACUACCCCCACAGUGACGACGGAGCACGUGAAAACAACCACUACGCAUCUGCAGAUAACUCCAGUGAAGGGGUUGGAGUUUUCUGCUGUCGAGAUUGCGGAGCGGCCUUCAGAGCAGAAGCAGCCUACUUGGAGCAUCGCCUUCUGCACCCUCAGUCAAACAUGUGUUUAAACAACCAGUCUGAUACAGAAAAGGACAAUGGAACAUCUUAUUUUUGUACCUUAUGUUCACUUUCAUUUGUUGAGAUGAAUGAACUACACUCACAUUUGAAGAACCAUCAUCAAGCCUCUCUGAAAGAGACUGGUGUAGUAAAUAAUCCCGGACUGACUAAACAGGACACCUUGGUUUGCUAUAAGAAGAAGCCAUUUCAGUGCGAGACUUGUGGAAGAAAUUACUCACAAGCUUCAGCUCUUGAUGCCCAUAGACGAUGUCAUGAAGGAAAGCUGAUGAAGUCAAAAAACAGUAGCUCCAGAGACGUCAGUCAAACUGGAGAGUCUGCAGUGGAAACAGAACUCAAUGAAAAUCAAACAAAGAACGAUUCACAAAAGCACAUUGAGUGUUUGUGUGGGAAAAAGUUUGCUGCAGUUUCUGGUCUAAGAACACAUCAGCGAUACAGCAAAAACAGCCAAUGUGGUUCAGAUGAAGUGAAACGAAUACCAAGGAAGAAAAGAUGUGAAUUCUACUGCACUGAGUGUGAUAAGACUUUCAGUCGUCRUUCUGGUUUAACCAAACAUCAGCUAUGGCACACUAACCGCUUUGCAGAAAGGUUCACAUGUGAGGACUGUGGAAAAGCAUUUACAACUGCAUCAUACUGCUACAGACACCAGCUCAUAGCACAUACUGAGGAGACCCCUGCCAAGUGUUUUCUCUUUCAAGCAGGCCAAGUUCAGAAGAA